AGGAGAGAAGAGUGGCUUCACUGGCUGUUGUGCAGGAAUCCGGAUAUGAUGAAAAUGUUUUAGACUCAACUAUCCUCAGCAAACUACCGCCACACAACGUCGAAGGCGUCGCGAGGACUAUUAUUGAUAUUUUUAGACGUCAACACUCUGGAAUAAGUAGAACCGGGACAAACUGGCAACUUAAGGUAACGAAAAAGUUUUUGAAGGACAAGUUACUCUUUCACCCAGUUUCUUGUUUUUCUUCACAACGUCCCGGGUUGGAGGAAGGAAGGAUGGGAAUAAGUCAAAUCUGAAGCAAGAGAGUUGUCAUGUUUGAAAGCGCUGAGGGCUGAGGGAAAGGGAGGAACUUCUUCUGCCGUGUGUGUCCCGAAAAGACGACUGUCUCAUGUCCAAGGAGACCGUCCUUCCUCCGGAUGGGCCGGCUGGAGCAGGGAAGGGCCCCCAGCAAGAGACAAAUCCUCUGCUGUCAGACUCACACGAUGCGUGUGACGGUGAAUCAUCAGGAAGAACUCUGUCUCCCAGGAAACCAGCCACUGAAGGACAAAGUCACGUGACAGACGAGAAGCCUGAUUACUGCGAGCCUGUAAGAACUCAACCUCAGUCUGAGUCUCAGCCAGUGCCCUCGGAGCCUGCAGAAGGAGAUGCUGCCAAGGACCAAAAUGGCUUUCACCACAACAGCACUGGCACGCCCGCGCUGAGUAAUGGCAGCGGAAUCCACCCUGGCAUCGGCGGGGCAGGGGCCACGCGCGUAUGUUCCUGCGGUGCCAACAUCAGCAUGGGCACCGCGGCUGGGUUGGGCCCUGGCGCAAGAGGGGCGCCGACUACAGAGCAGCCCAGGAAGCAGCCGUCCACACCUGUGUCACAGAGGAUGCAGAGGAAAUUGAGGUCCAGCUUGUCAGUCAACAGUGACAGCAGCAGACGCAGCAAAGGCAGUUCCAUUGGGUCGCAGAAACCACCUUUACCAGAGGACUGCUGCGUCCACUGCAUCUUGGCCUGCCUGUUCUGUGAGUUCCUGACACUUUGCAACAUGGUGGUGGCGCAGGCCUCGUGCGGCGCGUGCACAUCGGAGGCCUGCUGCUGCUGCUGCUGCACCGACGACCUGGGCGACGACUGCAACUGCCCCUGUGACAUGGACUGCGGCAUCAUGGAUGCCUGCUGCGAGUCCUCGGACUGCCUGGAAAUCUGUAUGGAGUGCUGCGGCAUCUGCUUCCCUACAUAGGGAGGCCUGUGCUGGUGUGUGGACCAGGUGUCUCAGCGAGGGGAUAAGUGGACCUCGGAAGAACAUAUAGAAGGACACUGCUGCUGCUGUCACUUUGAAUUCAGCAACAGACAGAGGGAACAAGUGUGUGUGCGUGUGUGAGUGUGAGUGUGUGAUGGUCACCAUAUGUUUGUGGAUGUCCUUUUUUCACGAUGUGUGAUGAUUGCUGAGUGUAUGGAGCCGUGUGGUGUGGUUGAGUAAAGCAUGCUUUCAAAGAUGUAUUUUGACACUGGGCUUCUCCAUCAAAACCAGCUCAGCAGGGGCUAGAAGUAACUCCAGAUAUAUGAACAGUUAGAUCUUUAGUUGAUAGUAAGUUGUUUCUGUUAAGUAUUCUAUCCUUGGCAAAAAAAGUAUUAUAACAGAAUGCCUUUGAAGAUUUUAUUGUUACAUCAGGAAUGCUGUCUAAUUGUAUCUUAUCUUGCCUUUUUUUUUUUUUUUUGGUCAUUUUGGUGACUCGACCAAACAAAAUGAUAACAUUUCCUCUGUUUCCAUUUUCAAUGCUUCUGUUUUUUUGAUGAUGAGAAACUGAAGUUGCAGUCGUAGCACUGCACAACACUGUAAAAGGUUUAUGUGACAUUCUUAGUUGCAUACUGUAGACUUUCAUUUACACACCAUCUACUGUAGCACUGUACAACAGUUGAAACUGGUGAAAUAUCAAAGGUGAAUCAGGAUACCAUAUCAUUUGCUACAUUCUGACGCUGAAGGUAAAGAAUGUUGUUGGGACAAAAUGCUAAUAGUUUCUAUUUUUUUAAAAACUGAGAUGUCAUAUUAUUACAAAAAAAACUGCACAAAAUUGCUGAUAGCUAAAUCUUACAGAGUACUGGAAUAUCAAUGAAAAUAUUUUUGUUCCAAAGAAUUUCAUCUCACACUCUCGCCUUCUUAAUUGGCAGUAUUUGAAGCCUUGGGUUUACUGGAAAUACAGCACAGAUCCUCGCAUCUUAAACACAAAAGGUUCUGACUGUACAGUUUUCUGCAAUGUUAGGAUAAACAAUGUCUACAGCUUCUGUUUUUUACUCUUUGAAAGUCCUCCUCUAAUGUUACAGCCAUCAAUGAUUAGGCUUUGUCAGCUGCAUAUGGUACAAGUCUCCUCUGUGAUGCCAUUUUACAUACAUACUGUUUAAGUAUGACUUGUUGAGCUCUGUUCACGAGGGGUUUGAUAAGGAAUUAAAAAAUGGUGACCCUGGUUGCCACAUAAGCGGCUUUCGGGUAUCAAGCCCAGUGACUCACAAUACAAAAAGGGAAUCAUGAACUGUCAUGUUGAAAUGGUAAACUAAUGCAGGGUAAAGGCAGUUUUCUUCUCCUUUUUUUCUGUUCCUUAAUUCUGUGUAUUUGGAGAUGAGGUUGUGGUGAAUCACCAGUGGAGUCAUUUUCUUGUCUCGGAGAUAUGCUUUGAUGUUGUUUAAGUGAUGAUACUUAAUGCUGGCCCUCAUUAGCACUGCUCGAUAAAUGGUAACAAAAAAUGUCCCUUCGUAAUGCCAACAAAGAUAAUGUGCUGUCAUGUACGGCUCGUCUUAACGGCGCACUGUUAUUGUGUAUAAGGAGGUUGGAUGGGCACCUCUGCAGCAGAGAAUGUGCAGAAAGUAAACCUCAUUUUCAUGUUUAUGAUUAACUCAAGCCACAAGUUCAUAUGGGCUAAAGAGUGACAAGAAAACACUAUAUAGAUAAUGUGAAAAAUUAAUCUAAACGAAAACGUGUAUACAUGUAGCUACAGUAGCUGUCCUCCUAUACUAUACUGUUAUGUUUUUUUAUUCUGUGCCUUACACUUGAUCCUUCUCAUUUUCAUCUUGAUGCAGUAACUUGGAGUUCACAACUCAUUUUAUUUGUUUUGUACAUUAUCUUCAAUAGCAGAGAGAACAGUUUUUAAAAAAUAAAACAUGAAAAAAUGAAAUGA